AUGUACGCCGAGAUCUUCGGCGGCCUGGUCGUGACGUGCGCCCUGGUGCGCUUUGCGCAGUACUACUUCUCGGACGCGUCGCCUGCGUCGGACGCGGCCAAGCCAUCGGACGGCCCGGCCGCGAACACGCCCGACUUCCGCGCCUUCCAGAACAACUACCUGCUCGUCUACCUGCUGGCCAUCGCGGCCGACUGGCUGCAGGGGCCCUACGUCUACGCGCUGUACGCCGAGUACGGCUACGGGAAGAAGGAGAUCGCCCAGCUCUUCAUCGCCGGCUUUGGCUCGUCCGCCGUCUUCGGCACUUUUAUCGGCUCCAUCGCCGACAAGUAUGGCCGCAAGUUUAACGUCCUGGUCUUCGUCAUCACGUACGCCCUGUCCUGCAUGACCAAGCACUCGCCGAACUUUGCUACCUUGAUGGUCGGCAGGCUGCUGGCGGGCAUUGCUACCAGCAUCCUCUUCUCGGCCUUCGAGUCGUGGCUUGUGUCGGAGCAUAACAACCGCGGCUUUGAUCCCAACCUCAUCGCCGACACUUUUUCAAAGGCCCAGUUUGGGAAUGCCGUCGUCGCCAUUGUCGCAGGCCAGAUUGCUGGCAUCGUCGCUGCCCAGUUUGGAAAGGUCGCCCCGUUUGAUACGGCCGCUGUCGUCCUCGCCGCCACGGGCCUCAUUGUCAUGUUGUCCUGGUCCGAGAACUUUGGCGAUAGUAGGCAGACCGUCACCGGCGGCUUGCGCAGUGCCUGGCAUAUGAUGAUUGCCGAUGAGAAGAUCUUGCUUGUCGGCAUCAUUCAGUCCUGCUUUGAGUCUGCCAUGUAUCUCAUGGUCUUCAGUUGGACCCCGGCGCUACAGGCCGCGUCGAAUGCCAUGUCACUUGGCGAGAUUCCGCAUGGCAUGAUCUUUAGUUCCUUCAUGGUUUGCAUCAUGAUUGGAAGCAGUUUAUUCGUCUUUCUUAUGAAGACACAACCCGCUGAGCUAUUCAUGCGUAAUAUGUACAUCAUAGGCGUCGUUUGCUUUGUCGUCACCACCAUAUCAUCCAAUGUAUGGGAGGUGUACGGCGCUCUGCUUGCGUUUGAGGUCAUUUGCGGUUUGUACUUUCCGGCUAUGGGUACCAUGCGAGCAAAGUAUGUUCCCGAGGUCACCCGAUCCGCCAUUAUGAACUACUUUCGUCUUCCUUUGAAUCUCAUAGUCUGCCUCAUUCUGUACAAAAACUAUGAGAAUACCACCGUCUUCUGCCUGUGUGCCGUCAUGAUGGCCAUUGCCGUCAUAUGCCAACAGCGCCUUUUCAGUGCUUCAAAAGUCUCCAUCGGCACCAAAGAUGAAUGGACUAGAGAAGAGCGCGCCGAACUCGUCGAAGAGGGCGAUAGCACUGUUGAAGAUGCUGUGCGGUAA